AUGACUGAUGAAAAAUUAGACAAUCUUAUGGUACAAAACUCAUCUAAGGAUAUUCUAGACGAGAUUGACAUGACAACAAUGAUUGAAAGUUGGGCAACCCUUAAGCAUGCCGUAUAAAUAUGUAGUCCACAAUUAUUGUAAAAACAUUAUAAUUAUUUUUAUAGUAUUUUAUAGAGUAUAAAAAAAUAACGGGUAAAUCAAUAACUAAUGGAAUAAAGCUAACUGCAGGAAAUAAAGAAUCGGACAAUUAUUGGGUUAAUACACGGCUACCUAUAAUAACCGCGGUUAACAAUAUAGUACGAUAUUAUCGCGUUGUGGUUACUAUUGCAUUUCAAAGUUUAAUAUUUAACUUGAUUUGAACUUUUUUCUUUGUAAAAGAAAAAAACAAUUGUUACGAUGUGAAAUUAAAAACAUGUUUUCUCAGAUUAAAAAAACCAAGCGACUACUGAUUUUUUUACCCGUAUCCUUUAUACAAGAGAUAUAUACAAAAUGAAUGCUGAAAAACGUAUAAAAUAAAUCGUGGAAGAUUACGACGACGACGCGACGUUUGUUUCAAAUUUUGUGAUGCGCGCGGCUUUCAAGUUUCUACAAACAGAUAUGUUUGUGCAGUUUCUGUAGAUGACAUCUGUAUCUGAUAUUUUAAUAACGCUGACGAUAAAUUGUAUUACCGAAAUGAAGAAAACAAAAGACCGACGCCUUAAAAUCGGGCCGCAAUGAACCAUUUUUAAAAAGGUACAUAGGAAUAUAAUUUGACGGAUGUCACUGUUUUCCACCAAAAUUAACCUUUCUCUUUUCCACCAACACACGUUUCCACCAAAUUAUUUAUUUUAUAGUAAUAUACAAUAUCAUUAGUAGGAACAGGUGACCAAUAUAUUAUAAACGUGUAUAAUAUAAUAUUAUGUAUAUUAUGAAUUAUAUUGUAAGAUAUAAGUUUAAUUGUUUUGGUAUUAUCAAGUACAAUAAUAUUAUAGUAUACUGUGGCAUACCUAUAGAUCAGAACAUACUACGCACACAUUUUUGUCACUUGUGUAAACUAUCAAACUAAUAUUAUCAAUCUUUAUUUUAUUUAAUAGUUGAUUUUAGAAAGAAAGGUUUUACAAAGAUGUUUAUUUUAUUUUUCUGCGAACAACUUUUCUACCAAACUUAGUCCAACUUUUAAUGAUAAUAAUUUUUGUAAAAGGAAAUUUCACUAGGGAGGUACUUUAGAGAGGUUUUUUCGAUUUUUCAAGAGUUUUAUUAGUAAAUGUGAAAACCUAGGAAAAAACAUGGGAAAACCUCAAAAAAACGUAGGAAAAACGAGAAAAUCGAUACAGUAAAUAAAUAUUAUUCAAGAUAAUAAAUAAUAAUAUAAUAUAUUAUAUAAUGCUUAUCAGUGGUGUAGCGAGGGGGGGAGGUAUUUUGGUGUUUAAACACCCCUCCCUAUGAUUAUAUUUAUGCCAAAAAUUAUAAUUGUUACAAUAUUAUGCAGUUAUGCGUCAGAUUUCUACAAGAUGUGUUGUGAAACGUAUAAAUAAUUAUUAAGUAUAACAUGUUAUGUGUGGUACAUUCGCAUAAUAAAAAUACAGAGCUACAUUUAAACAUUAAAUAAAAACACCCCCCCCCCUUAAAAAAAUCCUGGUUACGCUACUGAAUUGUCUAUUAAAUUAUUUUACUAUAAUAUGAUAUAUAUAUAUAUUGUUGACAAAGCAUCACUAUUAACUGAACUCUGCUCAAAAUCGUUUUUUCGUUAGCAAAGGUUAAUCGUUGCUAACAGAUAUAUAUUAAAUUACCUAUAGCAGUGGCUGCACCCAUCCCCAUUAUUUUAGGACAUCUUUUUUCUUUCUACCUUUACUACCAUUUUAACAAAAAUACUAUUCCUAUAGGUAAUAUACCUAUAUCUAUACCUAAUUGUUAAAUGUGAUGAUAAUUGAUAAUAUUAUCAGUAUAUUAUAUAUACAUAAACAAUAUCUGAAUAUCUAAUACAUUUGUUUUUAGACUAAACAAACAUAAUAUCAUAUAGGUAUUUGAUUUACAGCAAAAAGUUAUUUUAGAAUUUCAUUAGUCAUUAUUGCUCUGGUUGUACAUUUUUUUUCGGGUCGGCAAUUUCGGUAUGACAGCCCCUCCCCUCCCCAUCAGAUUUGUCUUGUGCUGGCUCUGCCUAUGACUAUUAUAUUAUUUAGUGCAGUUUUCCAUGCUAUGUAUUAUAAUAUCGAACAUUUAAUCGUUUAAAUAGAUCUAUUAAACGUUUAAUUAUUUAUUAAAAUGAAUUCAAUAUAUUAUUAUUAUUCUUGCCUGCUAAUUAAUGUUUUACUUAAUUUUAUAGUAGUCGAACUAAAAUACAUAAGUGACAUUAAAGGUUUAGUAGAAUCCAAAUUACUAAGGUCUAAAUUUACCAAUAGAGAAAUCAAAUCAGAUAAUUCAACGCCUGCGUUUUUGUGUAUGAAUAAAUCAAUUUUUGUAGACAAUGGUAAAUACACAGUAUUAUUUUAUUUAUUUAUAACUUAAAAUAUUAAUUCUGUAUUAUGAACGAUUUGUAUAUACACUUAUUAUUAUUGUUUACAUAGUCUAAUUUUUAUUUUAAUUGCAUAAUUUUUAAAUUUAAUUACCUACACUUACGUAUGAAUAAUAUUUCAAACUCAAUCUCUAUUCUCAAAAUUCAUCCUAUUAGAAUAGAAAACAUUAUGUUACAAGUAGUAUAACAUAACAGUAGUGCAACCAAAAUUAUUUAAACGGGAAGGGAAACUAAAGAAAUACAUUAUCAAAAAGUCGUUAAUUCCUACCCCCUCCACAACACUAAAUUCCAAAUCAAAUAUAUAAUUAUUAUUUUGUGUAUGUAACUCAUAACCAUAAGUAACAUUUAUAUAUUUUGGUUAUAUAGUCUAAGACUCUAAACUCUAACCUAACCUAACCCAUAGAUGAUAAGAAAAUUAACUGUGCCUUAACGUUUUGUUUAUUGAUUAAUUUUCUAUGAAAUAUAGUUUCAAUAAUCGGUGGUAUGUUUUAUUUUUUUAUUUUUAUUUUUUAGAUUAAAAUCAGGGCCGACUUGGAAAAUAUUGGGACACUGUGCAAUGUACACUUAUUUUUGCAGGGCCUCAAUAAGCUUUUUUUUUUGAUUCUUAUUAUAAUAAGUGUAGGUAAAUCUUUAUAACGAAAUGCUUCUUAGUUUAUUAAUAUUUUAAUUUGUAUUUUCCUAAAUUAUCAUGUGAAAUUUCUAUCUAGCUGUGAUUGUGACUAGACUGGGCCUCUAAAAACGCGGGGAUCUGUGCGAGUGCACAGCUCGUAAUGCCUUCAAGCCGGCCCUGAUUAAAAUAUACUAUUUUAUUGUUAGGUAUUAUCCUUAUUAUUAUAUACUUUUGGUAAUUUGACCGUUUUCGAUAAGUAUAAUUCUAGCCGAUCCGUGGAAAAUGUUGGAUAAUGGUUAAUUAUCAAUAAUAUGUAUUUUUACAUUAAACUAAUUUUCUCUUUAUAAUGUUGCUUGGAAUCGGAGGCAUAAUUUCAAUAUUUGCUUAGAUAGGGCUUAAUAAUGACCGGUUCAAUAAUUAUACGGCCAAACAUUAAAUGCGGAAAUGUGAAGUGGCAAACUAACGUGCGCCCAUUGUGGCAAAAAAACAAUUACGACACAUCCACGAAUAAUUGAGGAUUGGCCCGUGUGCGUGGGGGAAAAUUACUUUUAUCACCGGGUGAUCACCUUGUCAUGAGGCGUUCGCGGGAGUUACGGAGCUGUUCGAAAUUUCGCCUGACCCGAUAGACUUACUCAAUUUUAAGUUUACCUGACUUUGAAAUGCAUUCGAAUGUUUCCAGCCUCCAGGGCAACCAUAGUAUCUAAUAUAAUCAUAGUAUAUCAUAGUAUAAUCAUGAAUGGCUCUAGAAUCGGUUCAUGUUGACUUGGCAGCUGGCACCAAAUAGACGCGGCAGCAGGUCAAAAUCUGCUUUAAAAUCUUGGGCUAGGAAAAUCCACAAUAUUUUAUUAUUAUUUUAUUUAUAAUUAUUUUAUAUUACAAUAUUUUGAAAUCACUCUCUCAAGCGCACUGUGGAAAAUCGCCCAAACGCAAUGCAAUUUUUACAAACACGACCAAACGCAAAUGUCCCUGUUUGUAAUUAAUAAAUAAACGUUGUUAAUAAUUGACAUUUUGUAUUAUCAAUAUUUUCUAUUUAACGUGGUCGUUCAUUUUCUCCAAUUAUACAUAUUUUGUAGCAUAAUGUUUAUUUAUUAUGAAAUACAGGUUGGUACCCAAAAGUUGAAAGUUCAAGUAUGUUUACUUUUUAAUAGUAAUUCUGAUACAAAUAUAAUAACUAUUUCUAUUAUAGACUAUAGCAGCGGUUCCAAAAAUUUUUUAUUCAAAGCUUCCUAAAAAUAGAACAAUAUUUUUACACCCCCCGUUUAAAAUGAGGGAAAGAAACAUUCUCGACCGGAUAGUCUUUAAAUAACAAUGAUAAUGAUUAAUGAUUUGAAAACUGUAGUUAUUUUAUCAUAGCAACAAUAAUUGUGCCGAUAUUGUCGCAUGUUACUGGUGGAGUGCUCUCGACUGCAUAACUUCCUGUUGGAAAGUAAAAAUAUAACAGAUAAUAGGUCGGUAUUAACCAGGGCCUAAAAUACAUCUGAUUUCAGAGGACACGCUUUUUAAUUAAAUUGUUACAUUUAACAGAUUCCUAUACAAAAAAAAAACCUGUGGGGGUUGUAGCGCCCAAAAUUCUAUCCCCUUUUAUAAACCACUUACCUUAAACAUUGAUGUUAUUCUUAUGACUUUUGGACUAAAAAUACAUAAAAGGAACGAAUGCAGUUUAGCUUCCAAUCGAUUUUUUUGAGUUUUUUUUCAAAAAUGUAUGUAUUAACAUGCUAAAUUUGAUGGCACUUUCAAAAAAAAUUGUUCAAACUUCAUUUAAAAGUUAUAGUCAAAAAACUUCAAGAUGCUCGAUGUUUCUAAAAAUUGUGUUUUUGAGUUUAAAAUACUGAAUAUUUAUAUUUUUUGAAUUUUUUUUAGAAAUUUUAGUAAUUACAUGCUAACAUUUUGUUUAAAUCAGAAUCCAUUUAUCGUAAUUACUUUUUAUAUUAACUGCGUAAAACCUAAUUAUAAUAUUAUUUCAAUCAUUUGUAUAUUGAAGUAAAUCAAAAUUGAUAUUUAGACUUUUUAUUUUUUUCAUUCAGUGUGUAAUAACAUAAAGAAGUGUUUGGUGAAAUCAGAACUAACUAAUAUGUUUUAGUUUGGAAGAAAUAGUUGAAAAAAGUACCUUAUUUGAGUACAUAAACACCAUAUUUUACCUUUGGAAAAAUAUAGUUUAUUCAAUAUUUUUUUUUUUUUUAAUUACUGAAGGGGAGAACAGUGGAGCAUAGUAAAAUAAAUACAAUGAUUAUAACGUUAAAUUAUUGCUAUAAAUAACAAAAUAUUUGGUUAUUUAAUAAAGUUUUAAAAUUUAAUUUUUUUGCUAUAUGAAUUCUUGGAAUAAUCUCGACAUCUCUAUGCGUAUCUGUCAAUGUAAUUAACUUCAAACAUAAUAUGAGACUUUCAUGUCCAUGAAUGCAAUUUAAUGUGUUAUGUUUGGAAAUUAGCGUCCAAGACUGCAAUUUUUCAAUUAUUGCCAAAGAAACAUCCUCUUGGCGUUUUCGCUCAAAUAGCUCAUAAAUAUUGAAAAUAUAUUAGAAUUACCCAAAAACUUCUUUAUGUUAUUACACACCGAAUGAAAAAAAAAGUCCAAAAAAUCAAUUUUGAAUUACUUUAUGCAAAUGAUUGUAAUAACAUUAUAAUUAAAUUUUACGUAGCUUCUUAAUAAUAACAUAAAAAAUUAAAUACGCUAGGUGAUUUAUGAUUUCACCAAAAUGUUAAACAUAUAAUUAUUACCAUUUCUAAAAAUCACAAUUUCAAAAAUGUAUAUUUUUGGUAUUUUUAACUCUAAAAACACGAUUUUUAGGAUAACUUCCAAAUGAGAAACACACAUUUUGGAAAAAAAAAAUUCUAAAAGAUCGCUUGAGAGCUAAACUGCAUUUAUGCCACACAAAAUAAAUAUAUCUAAAAGUUCGUGGAUAUAUUAUAUCUAUAACUGUGAUCGUGGUUAAAGUUUAUGACAUUUGUAUAAAAUAAAUAAUGAGGAAAUUGUGAUCAAUUUAUAUUGAAAUAAAAAAUUAUAAUACUUUGGUGUUUAAGUUCCAAUAUGUUUAUUAUUACUAAAAACACGUUAUAAAAUUUCGGAUACACAUUUGUAAUUCAGGGGAUACAAUUUGAUUGGCAGGGGACACAAAGUGUGUUAGGGAACACAGUGUUUUAGGCCCUGUUAUUUAUUUUAUUGUUGUUAAUUUUAUUAUUAUCAACCAUUAACAUGAUAAAAUACCAUUAUUUUAAUUCCGAUAACUCCUAUGAAUAAUAGUCUAUAACAUUUCUUUUUCUACGUUAGUAUUAGUUUGAACCGACAUUUUGAUUUUAAUACGGCUUUUGCAGUGGUUAAAGUGGAAGAAGCUGGUAGACGGAGGGGGUAUACUUAACAAUAAUAAGGAAAUGUAUUGUAAGUUUACACUGCAUAUUAAUUUUAAUAAUUUUUAAUACGUUGUGUGUAAUUAUAGUUAGAUAACCAGUCGUUUAUGUUGAUAAACAUUCUAUGCCUUUUCUGUUAUGCUCGGGUAUCCUGAGGGAGAAAUCUACGGAAGCGCGUAAAAAUAUCGAAAAAUAUUUCGUGGGAACCGUAUUUUGUCUAUUUUAUAGGGACAUUAUAUUACUGGAUUUUUAUAAUACUUUGCAGAAUCGUCUUUUGUGGGAAACGUAUUAUUAGAAUUUUGAUUUCGGAAACAGUUCUAACAAAAUAUUUUCCGUCAAAAUAUAAUCCUCUGAAAAGCACCAUAGUUCGGGAACCACUAUAAUAUAUUAUAUAUUUUCUGUAAGCCGGCCAUUUCGGACAAGUUGUUAUAAUUCCAGCCAGUUCGUGGGAAAUAUUAGAUAAUUAAUGUUAUUGUGUACUAUAUUUGUAAAUCACAUGUAAUUUAAGAUUCUGAGUGAAGCGAAGAAGCUUACAUUUUUACAAAAAAUUUAAUUUUUUUUUUAUCUGUAGGCAACUUUUCUACCAGCAAUUUUGUUCCAAUUUAUAAUGAUAGCAAUGUUUCUUAAAGGAAAUUUCACUAGCGAAGUACUUUAAAGAGAUCAUUGUUCGAUUUUUCUAAGAGUUUUCCCAGCUGUGAAAUGUGAAAAACCGGGAUAAAACAUGGUAAUACCGGGAAAAACGUAGGGAAACUGGGAAAAUCGGUAUAACUUGAAACAAAUAUUAUUAAAGAAAAUAUAUAGAGACUAUUCAAUUAUUUUACUGUAAAAUGACAUAUGUAUAGUAUGCACAGCGCAUCACUAUCAACUGAACUACGCUCAGAAUCGUAUUUCGUAAGCAAUGGAUUAUUGUUGCUUACAGAUUUACAUUAAAUUAUCUAAAACAGUAGCUGUACCCAUACUUUAUUAUCAUAGGACGUCUUUUUUUUUAUAAUAUUGUUUUAUAUUUUGUUGACUAUGUUGUAUUAUGACAUAUUUCAUUAUUUUCUAACCGUUAUGUUGUUUUUUUUAUUUUCACUAAAUUCACUGUAAUUUUAUAAUUUAUGAAUUAAAUGUUAGAGAAUGCACAUGAAUUUAUCAAAAAUACGGGUCCACAGCAAUUUGUCUUUGGCAAUGAAGAUGAUGAUGAGGAUGAAGACGGUGGUCCACAAAAUCCUACUUUUCAGUCUAUCUACCAGUAAGUACAUUAAUGUAUUUUUUUUUUUUGCGUUUCAACCGUUUAUUAAUAUUUAAUACUGAUUUAAUUACCUUUAUCAUAAUAUUAUUAUAAUAUCUGCACAGGUUCAAUAUUUUGCAACAGAUAUUGUAUGACAAUAUUAACAAUGAUUAUAGUUAUGAAGAAUUAAAAGGUAAUAACUUCAACAAGAAUAGUACCUAUUAUUAUUAUCAUUAUUUUUUUUUUUAGAUUAAUUGCAAUGAAAUAAUUAUAAUUAUAAUUUAUGCUGCAAUAUUGUAUUUUUUUUUUUUUUUUUUUUUAUUAAGGGCUGGUUGUAAUUCAAUUAAAAAUAAUCGUAGAGAGUUGAAAUUUCCACAAAAUACUUAAAAUAGUCCUUUCAGGAUGUGGUAAAAAUUUUAAAACACGAUUUUUUAACCAUUGAUAGUAAGAAUGGGACGGUUCUUCGAUGCUUCGGUUUCAUCGGUUCUUUAGGAACCGAAAAUACCGAUAGUAAAUUAUGCAUGAAAUAAUCACGCAUAAAAAAAAAAUCCGAAAUAUGCAUAACAAAAUGCAUAAAAUAUGAAAACAAAAAAAAUUAAAUUUUAUUUUGAUAAAUAUUAGUUGAAUACAAAUGUACGUUCUCACAGACAAUAUUAUAAUAGUUAGUUGAUAAAAACAAAUUAUAACUACAUUAGUAACGAUUGGAAAAAAGGUCUAUAAACAUAAUAAUAUAUGUAUUGUAUAUAUUUGUUAAUAAUGUAAAUAUAUUAUAACACUCACUAUUUGUUUUGUUGUCAUUCCUGUAAAUUUAUUGCGCUGAAACACCAAAGUUGUUUUUAAAUAUUUUCAACAUCCACCACAACCUUCGUGGAUUAGAAAUAAUCGUCAUUGUCCAGUAAUCAGUCAUAAUCGCCGAUCAAUUAAUGGCUUGUUAUUUAUAGGCAGCAUAUAGGGUUACCACCAAUGUCAAUUUCUCACACGAACUUUUCGAACAUGGUUAGGCCCGGCGACCACCACCGAUGCAGUGCGGCUACGGUGCAACUAUUGCGGUGCGCCCCAUACGAACUAGUCGUUGGCGGUUUUAUUUCGGCACCGCGCACGCAGUGAAAUAACAAUAGUUAUUUAAUGAUGAUAACAUAUGAUGAUCCAUGUUACUCAUGUUAAUUGCAUUCAGUGGCGUUGCGAAAGGGGUGAUAGAAAGGCGGCCGCCUCUCGGUUUUUUUUAAUGGGUAGUGAGUGGGUAAUAAUUUAGUUUCAUAAUUAUGAAUGAAGGAAAGUAACGCACAAAGAUAUUUGUAUAAAUUGUGUACAGUUUAAUUAUAACUUGGACUAUACGAAAUAUCACAUAUCAAUCUCGCAAUCGCAAUAUUAUUAUGUUCGCCGUUUGGCGUCAUAAAUUCAAAUAACGCUGUUUACUGAGUGCAAUUACGCAGCGGCGUACCUGCAGGGGGGGCGAAGGUGGCAUUCUCCCCCAUGGGUCGUAUAAUUAUAUGUGACUAAAUUUGUGCAUUGUUGUAUUUUUUUUUUUUCUAGUGUUUUUACUAUUAGUCGAAAUUUAUAUUUUAGUAAGUCGUUAAUAAUAUGAUAAUUGAUAACAUAAUCAAACCUAAGAUAUUAAAAUAUUUUUGUUAUCUAUGGUCUAAUCGAGACAAAAUACACGGUGUUAUUAUUUUGUUUUAGCUAUUCGACGUUAUUUGACCAUAGAUAAUCAAAACAUGUGAUAAUAAUAUAUAAUCUAAUAUGAUAAUUAUUAUAUAUCUACAUAAUUGGCAUUGGCUUGUAAAUUUAGUUAGUACCCACCUACUGUUUUUUAAUUAUUUAUAUUUACUAUUUGCCUCUACUCAUGCUUGUACUGUAGAUUAAAAAUAUGGCCACGCUCAAAAAUGGGCUAGAAUCGUUUAUGUGGGCUUGUACUAUUGCACAUAUACCAAGAAAUUAGUAUACUAGUGGAUGAAAUCAUUGAACGAUUUUCUUGUAUGAAAAACUGGAGGUUAAUCUUUGUGUUAUUAUACAAUUUAUUAUAAAAUUAUUUUUAACAUGCAUUAUAUUAUAUUAAACAACAAUUUCUUUUUUAUGUACCUACUAAAAUGUUCCGUUUAAUAUUUUAUAAAUAUAAAAUUCCCGUUAGAUUAGGUUAGGUUAGCUGUGACAUACAUUUUUAAAAAUUUUCUAUUUUAAGAAUGGGUGAAAAUAUACCCCCCCAUUCCCGUAAGAGACGUCUAGGUACGCCACUGCGAUUACGGUUAAACUAGUGUAUGUGCAUCGUUACUUGGAUAAGUAUAGCAUUAAUAACAUUACCUAUCUUGUUCUUGUUUAAUUGUUUUUAAAAGUUGUUUAAAUUUCCGUACAUAUCGGCUAUUUUUGCCUAAUGGCUAAUUGCUAAUAUGAGAUGUGAAUACUAUGGACGUGGACGGGAUUUAAAACAAAUUAACGAAGUUAACCGGAAGCGAAAUUUAAAUUCGUGUAAGCUUAAACAUAAAGGUGGAACUGGUGGAAAUAAACGUUUGGAUACAUUGCGUUUUUUUUCAAAACGAACAAACCAUGUACUAUUGGUGAGUACCUACUUCAUUAAUUUGAGUUUGAAAAAGUCUGUAGUUGCAAUAUUGCCAGUACCUAUAUAUUUAACUACAAUUUCAAAUUUUCAAAUGUACCUUAAUAUAGCUAAAUUAAAUUAUUAGACACUUUGAUAAUAUAUUUAUUAAGAUAAUUUUUUCUGUUAAAAUUAUAUACCACCCAAUACGGCGAUACUGAAACAUGAUCUCAUAAGCACAUGUCUCAAAGUGUUUAAUCAUUUCAUUAGAUGAUAUCUAAUAAAUAUAAUAUAUCUUUUAAGUUUUUUUUAUUAUUAGUAUUAAUAUGUUUUUAUUUUUUUUCAAUUGUAAAUAUUUUUUAGAAUUUUUUUAAAAGCCAUAAUAAUAAAAAUGUAAAGUACAAAUAUAAUUUAAAAUACUUUUUUUACUUUAAAUAAUAACUGUUCCUUUUUUUAUUUUAGUCUUCCCUAAUGAUCCAGGCAUUUUGCCUGCAACUAUACCAUACGAGUUCAAAAAUCAUUUUGUUUUAUUGGGGCCUUUUCAACUAUCUACCUUAGAAUAAAAAAACAAGAUAUUCCCAUAAAAGAAAGAUUUUCAAGGUGCUAUACGAUAAUUUCAUGAAACUUAUUAUCACCGAAAGAUUGAGGAUAGAAAAUUUGUAAAAUGAUUAAAGUUGUCAUACUCCCUACCACAAGAUCGUUUUUAUUGUAUCAUUUGUAAACUAUUUAGUUUGCCUAAAGUGAAAAAAAAACGUUUCUAGCAGAUAAAGGGUCUAAUGAUUAUAAAAAUAAUAAAAACAAACAAUAGAAAACCAUGAAAGCUUUCCAGAACACCUAAAAAGUGAAAUUGCUUGAGUAAUGUAUGAAAAGAACAUAAGGAUUGAUACAGAAAUGGACAAGAACUUGUUAAUCGAAAAUUUGCAGAGAAUAAUUAAUUUUACUGCAAAACAAAAUAUCGCACUCAGGGGGCACAACAAGAAGUAUAAAUCAACCAACAACAAUAAUUUUCUUGAAUUAUGUACAUUUCUAUCAAAAUAUAAUCCGAUAUUAAAGCUGUAUUUCAAAAAACUAAAAGAAAAUAAGAUUAAUCAUUUAUCAUUUUUAUCCAAUGUGACUCAAAAUAAACUUCUCUGUAUAUUGGCGGAUAGUUCGAAAGGAUAUUUUAAAACAAGUUAACAAUUCAGUACAAUAAUUGACACUACUACAGACGUUUCUAAUCAAGAAUAACUUACUGUAAUUUUAAGAUACAUUGACGAAGGUAAACCUCAAGAGAAUUUGGUAGCACUGAAAACUGCUUCUGAUUUUACAGGCCUAUGUUUAAAGUAUUUUGAAGCAUUACAGAAAAAUAUAAUAUCAACUAGAAAACACAAAUUUUCUUGUCAUUCAAGAAAACUACCCUGUUUUACUGAAAGCAUUGGAAAAUAUUUUUGGCCCUGGAAAUAUUUUAGUUCACCACGCCACUGAUUGUAUUGAUAUAGUCAACAUUUUAAAAUCGUAUAUAUUGUAAAAAUAUAAGAGAAUGUAUAUUUAAAAAUGUGUAUAUCAUAGAUUUUGUUAGGUUAUAUAAUAAUAUAUCUAUAUUAUUAAAUAAAUAUUAAUGUCUGACGCAUAAUAAAAGAUUCUUAUGACAUCCGGUAAAAAUCUUAAAUUUGUUCAGGAUAGACUGAGUUCUCUUGCAACCGAACAUAAACCAAUUGUAUAUUAGAAUUAUUUUUUAUUUAUGUUCUUUACUAACAAUAACAUUACCUACCAUAUCUUCGGAACUUGACAGAGCUUAAAAUAAAAAAUAUUGUAUUGUAAUAUUAAUAUGAUAGACGGUAUUAUUUGUUAUUAUUAUUUAUAAUUAUUUUUUUGGUAUGCGUUGGCGCAUUUUUAUUUUUCGUUAUCACGGGGUGGUUUCUUUUGCUACAUUUACGUUGAAGUGCCGCCGCAGGUCCAUGAAGACCCAAUAAUUUGGGUUUGAACGGAGAGAACACAUUUUUAUUUAUGGAUAUUUUGGAAGCACUAAAUGAGCACUCAAAUUUGAUAUAGCGGAUAUAGCGUGAUAUAGCGGGAAUUAGUGUUUUUCAACUUUCCACUAACUUCACGGACCUCCAUCACCGCAUUGCAACAUCAUAUUAAAACCAAUAUAUUACUUACUAUGUUUUGAAUCUAAAAUGGUGUUCGUUUGUGUAUUAUAAUAUUACAAUAAAUUAAAAAUAUUUUUGUUUUGGACGCAGAUGAUAAUAUAAUUAUUAUUAUUGUCCCAUCCGCUUGAAAAAUCGCUAGGUACCGAAAAACCAGUUAUACACAAUGUUUGUACUGAGUGGGACUGUAAAAGGGUGUGUGGUAACUAGUAACAAACAUUCAUACUUAUAACCAUUUACUUCUCAUACAAAGACACUACGUAAUUCAUGUAAAACAAGAAAUUGCCUAUACACUAUUCCUUAAUAAAUCAUUAAAUUUAUUGUUAAAUUAAAGAAAACUGACACAGGGUGAAAAUGAAAUUUAUAGCAAAGACAAUGCAUGCAUUGGUAAUUACUAAAUUUCCCAAGAAUAAAGAAACCCGUGAAUGAGCUGGUCAACAUUCAAAGCAAUGCCUGUUGUUUUUUGAUGUUAGGAAAUAAUUUUGGUCGAAUGAGUUGCUAAUAGUUCACAGACAAUCAAUAUUAUUAGGCAUAAAGAAGUAUUAAUUAGAGAGAAAGUAUUAGAAAGAAACAACUAGAUCUAUGAAAAAAUAGCUGGGUUCUUUAAAAAAACAAUGCUUCAGUUCAAAGUAUCAUUUCAAUUCAACGGUUAAUAAGAAUGUCUCUUUUUCAACCCCACCCCCUCUCCUACUUGUUUCUUGUAACUUCCACCUAUUCCCAAAAGUUAAAACGUUAGAACAUCUAAAAAAGCUAACUGAUUUGAUUGGUAGCAUUGUUUUCAAGGAUGGAAACAACAUAUACAACAGUGUGUAGAUGUUGAGGAAACCACUUUGAAGAUGAUAAACAUUAAAUUGUUUAAUUUUAAAAAUAAAACUACUUUGAUUGAGGAAAUGUUGUAAUUUUUGUGUCACACCUCGUAUAUGUACUAGGAAUAAUUCACAAACAGCAUGAAAAAUCAUGAAAUCCAUGGAAAAGGAUGAAACCUCUUAUGUUGCAUUUUGCAUCUAGUUGGUAUACUUGCGAGUUCAUUUUUCGAUUUUCUAAGCGGUUUUCAAAAUAAUUGGCCGCGGUGUUUUUGAUUUAAUUAAUUAGAAUUUUUUUGAUUUGGUUUUUCUAUCAGAAAUAUUAUACAGAAAUUCAAGUGUAGAAUUUAAUUUAAAGAAAAAUGUAUUUAGUUAGUAUGUAAGAAAGUUGUUUUUUGAUUUAUGCAGUUUUCUUAAUAGUUGGACAAAACCGGAAAAAAAAACAUGGGUAAAUUGGGACAUUUUACGGAAAUAACGGUUUUACUAUUUUCAACAUUGGUUUCUUAUCGUAAUUCAGUUAAAAAUAUUCAUUGAGACUUAAAAUUUCAUAGAAUUCUUAUAUUAAAGGUAUCAUUUUCUAGACAUGUGAAAUUCAAAACAUGAUAGCGAUUUUUGAACUAUUUGAAGAUAUUUUACAUUUCAAGUUAUUUUUUAGUUUUUGUUUGGUAGGUACGUAUUAUAUGGAUCCAAUUGUUAAACCAAUCAGAAAUAAUUGACAAUUUAACUCGAGGUUCAUUAUUAAUUGUACUAAGUGAUUAUAUAAAAAAAAAAAAAUUAAAAUGUCCGAUACAAUUAAAACUACAGUUUACUAUUACUAGUCUAAGUACAUCGUGGUUAAGUGUAAUGUAAGAGUAUUGUUUUAAACAUUUUAGAUCAAAUUUUGAAGAAAAUUUUAAAAAUUACGAAAUUUCAAACCGUGUUUUAUAAAAUUCCACUCAGAAUCGUAUUUCGUUAGCAACGGUUUGUCGAUGCGUACAGAAAUAAAUUAAAUAACUUUAUAUAUACUUUAUAUAUCUUAUAUAUCACCGACACCAUAUCGGUUUUUCAAAUCAGCUCUUUACUUUUUCUAUACUUCAUACUAUAAGUUAUUUAUGCAAUAAAAAUAUAAAUCUAACUAAUACAUUUAUUUUUUUUAAAUUUAGUUGCAUCUGUUCUGAAACAAGCCCUCAUAACAGGAAUUCGUAGAAGUAUUACAGAUUGUUACAAUAAAUACGAAAAUCCAACAUUUUUUGAAAAGGAUUAUCAAUUUAUAAACUUGAUUGAUUAUAAAGAUGUCACAGUUCAAACAUUUGCACCUCUAAACUUUAAGAGUUUUAGACAAUUAUAUAAUAUUACAGAAGAUUUUAAUGAUUCUUUUGAAACCUUACAGUUGAAGUCAAUAUCAAACUCAGGGAAAGGUGGAGCUACAUUUUAUUCCACACAAAACAAUAAAUUUUUGAUUAAAACUGUGGAUCCAGGCGAACUAACUGUUAUAAAGUCAUUUCUUUUGAAAUAUUUUGUUCAUUUUUGCAACUAUCCAGACAGUUUACUCCCAGAUUUCUCCGGUAUAUAUUCAGUAAAAUUUAAAAGUGACACUACUUAUUUUGUAAUUUUUUCGAAUAUAUAUCCAUAUGAGAAAAAUGAAAAAUAUGAUAUUAAAGGUGCUGGUAGAAUAGAAUUAAGCACACAAUUUCCAAAGAAGGAGCUCAAAGAAGGUAACUUUGAACUCAAGUAUCCGUUUGGUUUACAAAUAUCACCCAAUAUAUAUGCUGAGCUUUCAGAAACUUUAAAAAAAGAUACUACAUUUUUAACCAAAGCAAGACUCAUUGAUUAUAGUUUAUUAUUAAUCACAGCAGAUUUACCCCAAAAAACAUCGCACCUACAUGGAUUUAGAAAUGGCAUCGUAGUAGUUACACCUACUGCUGAAAGUAAUGGGCCUAAAUUCAUAGUAUAUAUUGGAAUUAUUGAUAUUUUACAAAAAUACAACACAACGAGAGUAUGUGAAGAAGUUAUAUCUGACGCUCUAGGUCGCAUUACGGAUGCUCAUGUAUCAUCCAUUCAAGAUCCGGAAAAUUAUUCAAUCAGAUUAAUGGGAUUUAUAACUCAGUAUGUACUAUUUUUUAAAGUUACUUCUAAAAUUAUAUUGGUUAAAUAAUUAUUACUACACAUUUUAAAACAUAUUAUAAAUUUUAUGUAUAGUGUAUUAUGUCAUGUUAAGCAUAAGAUAUUCUUAACAAUUAUGUAAAAAUAAAUUCGUGAAAAUCAUCUGUUACCAAUUUAAUAAAGUUUGCACCUUACAAUCAAUACAAAAAUGUUAAUUCCUAAAUUGAUAUAAAAAUCAAUUUCUUUAUAAUUAAAAUCAUUUAUAUUAUAAUAAUUACUAGAAAUAGUGUGCACAAAAAAAAAUAUCGCUUACAAAUAACAAUUUUCUUCAGACUUUAAUAAAAUAAAUAAAUAAAAGCAAUUACAUAUUAUUUUUGCAAUGUAAUUUUUUAUAAGUAGUUAUAAAUAUAUUCAAUAAUAAUUUAUUUUCUAAUAUUUCUCAAUUCUUAAUGCAAACGGUUAUUUAAAAAAUAAAUGGACAUAAUUCGCACGAUGGUUGAGCCACUGUAGUAGGUGAGAAAUUGGGAAGGUAGAGAAAAAAUGUAAUGUAUAUCUGUAGGAAAAGAUUAAUCAUUGCUAACGGAAAACGAUUCUAAGUGGAGUCCGGUUAUACAUGUUUUAAAAGACCGUAAAAUAAUAUAUUUCCCGUUCUUCCCAUUUGUUAUGAAAACUCCUUGAAAAAUCAAAAAAAAGACCUACGUAACAUACCACCCAAGUUAAAUUUCCUUUCAGAAAAUAAGUUACACUUUUAAAUUGGAGUAAAACUUUCUGGUGGACAAAUUUUUCUGAAAGCAAAUGUAAGCUAGUUAGUGCAGUAUUGAAGAUGUGAUGUUAUCCUUUAGUUUUCUUCAAUGUUUUUCUUGUUGUAUUUUUUGAUUAAAAAUAAUUGUAUAGAUCUAAAAUGUUUACAGAUUAUUAAUAUGAGCUUUUUUUAGUUGUGAUAAAUUAAAUCACUUCAUAUAUUCUACUUUCUCAGCUUCUCACCUACAACAAUGGUGCACUCGUCAGCAGUAUCAGCUCCUUUUUUUUUUUUUUAGAAAGGUAUUUCAAGACAAAAACAAUGCAGUACCCAAAAAGAAAGAACCUGAAAAAAAUACGAUUCCCACUGAGAAAAAACCUGAUGAAACUAUAAGAAAACCAAAAAAAGAAAUUGGACCAAAUGAGGAACAUAUUGAUGAUAAUCAAAAUAAAGAAUAA